AACAUGCGUUUUGGUGUUUACUUUUUCUAGUAAUAUUUCACUCUUGCACUAUAAAAUUUCAAUUAGAUAAUUGUAUUAAGUUGUCGAAUUGUGUGGAAAAUUGAAAUAUUCAUGCUGCAGAACUGCACUCAGUAUUGAUGAAGCCUACAAGAAUUAAAUGCCAACGUAUGGGGCAGCUUCAGGACAAAAUGGCCAAAUUAUAAGCCCAAAAAGUAUUAUCCAAUAACGAAACGACCAGAAAACUUUUGCUGCUCAAAUUUAUGUCCAAAAGGAGAGAAGCAUGUGGCUUGUAGCAAAAAAUUUUGGGGUCCCUCAUGUCCACCGCAUCGUCAAGGGUACAACAUGGCUGAGUUGAAGGAGCUGAUUGUCUGUUUCCAUAACAGGAUACGCUGGCAUAUGACGCACAAAUCUGUGGGUGAAUUACUUCCUUCCCAGAGACUGGGUCCAAUAACGUGGGAUGAACAGCUGUCGUCUCUGGCGAUUCGUAUUGUCAAUAAUUGCGACUACCAGACUGCGCACAAAUGUGCCAACACAAAAAACUAUCCACAUGUUGGCCAGAGUCUUGGCGAACUCACAAAUGUGACAUUACCUCUUCCACAGGCAGUAAUGUACAUUAUGAAGGAUUGGCACUUCGAGUAUAGAUAUUUGCAAUCAGGAGAUAUAGAAAACUUGUCUAGUGACGCCAUUGACAAAAGCAUCAAUUUUUUGAAUAUUGUUCAUGAUAAGGUGAAUCGCGUGGGUUGUGGCAUAAUUUAUUUCGAGAGAGACAACAUUCCGCACACAUUACUCGCUUGCCUCUACAAUACCGAUAUUAAGGUGGGUCAGAAACUAUAUAGCAUUGAAUUAGCUCAGCAAAAAACUAUAAAGGCAUUUGUUGACGAACAAUGUAACCUAACCAGUUACUACGACUCGGGAAUACUUCAGUAAGGAAACUAAAAUCACGAUCCAUUCAAUUUAUGAUGAUAAUAUGAGUGAAAAAGUAAAGGUUACGGAGAAGGAAAGAACUGUUUGAAAUUGAAUUCUUUAUUAAAAACAGUGUUUCAACUGUUGCUUGAAUAUCUUUUAAAUCUGUUUUGGGUAAAAUAAAUGCUGAUUAUACUUCAAAAAGUCUUUUAGCUUGUAAUAAAUACAAUAUUUUGUUAUCUUCA